UUCUGGCUUCUUCUUCUCCCCGCAAGGGUGGAGUUUCUUUCAGCAGAAGGGAAAAAGAACGGAAGUUGGCAGGUCCAAUCCGAUGUUUCUGUCGAGACUCUCACGGCUCGGUCUCCGGAUUGCAAAAGACUCAGGUCAGUUUUCUGCAACUAAAAGAGGCUACUUUAGUAGGCAUUUCAGUCACAAUUUACACCUCGUGAAUAACUGUUCUUUUUCUACUACAACCAUUGGUAACGUGCAUGAGGAAGGGAGUGAGCAGAAAGAAACAAUAUCUGUGACAUUUGUCAACAAAGAUGGAGAAGAGAAGCUUAUCAAGGUUCCUAUUGGAAUGUCGAUGUUGGAAGCUGCUCACCAAAAUGACAUAGAUUUAGAAGGGGCUUGCGAGGGCUCGCUUGCAUGUUCAACCUGUCAUGUGAUAGUAAUGGAUGUGGAUUAUUACAAGAAGUUGGAAGAGCCAACUGAUGAAGAAAAUGACAUGUUGGACCUUGCAUUUGGACUUACAGAAACGUCUCGCCUUGGUUGUCAAGUAAUUGCAAAGCCUGAACUUGAUGGAAUGCGCUUAGCACUGCCGGCAGCGACACGAAACUUUGCUGUUGAUGGGUUUAAACCAAAACCACACUGAGUGUAAUGUGUAUCUUACCUUGCAGAGUGCAAAGGGGUUGCUAUUCAACCUCAGUUUUGUAGCAUAUGCCAGCAUGUAUAAUUCAUACAUCAAGAUCGUGAAAUAAAAAAGGCUUCGCCGCAUCCAUGCCAUUAUUAUAC